AGUGGCAACAGGAUUCUGUGUUCCAUCAUUCUGGACCACUGCCAGGGACCCUCAAUAAUAAACUAUGACGAUGAGAAUGGCAAAACAUGUGUGCACAUUGCUGCUGCUGCAGGCUACAGUGAUAUUAUCAGUGAGCUGGCCAAAGUCCCAAAGUGUAACCUGCAGGCCCUGGAUGUGGAUGACAGGACUCCUUUGCACUGGGCUGCAGCAGCAGGGAGAGCUGACUGUGUGCAGACACUAUUAGAACUGGGGAUAGACAGCAGCCCUCGAGACAUCAAUGAAAACACUCCUCUGACAUAUGCAAUGUACUGUGGGCACACAGCAUGCAUCAAGCUGCUGUCUCAGGAGAGCAGUAGAUCUGAAUCAGUUCAUCAGUUUGCUUCCCAGGACGACAGACGUAUAAAGAAAGAAGGACGAUUCAGUAUGCUGAACCACAUCUUCUCUUGCAAAACAAAGAAAGAAGCUCAGAAAACCAGUCAAAAGGAGAGAAGCAGAGAUCAAUAUCCUAAAGAAGAGACCUCAGAAGUAGAUGAUAUCAUCACCCGUUUUGACUGCAUUAUGAACACAAAUUGCAAAGACAUUCCAGAUCACUGUAUGACCACCCCUGACUUUAAAAGAAGGAGCACAGACACAAAGUAUCUCAUACCAGAAAAGAAGCAACCAGCAUGUCAGGGACUUCUGCCCAUCAGCACACAGAGCCUCCCCCCAAUCACUGCAGGCAAUUCCUUCCUGACUGCUUCCCAGAGCACAAUAUCAAGCUUCUCUUUUAGCACCAGUACCCACCAUUUUCCACACAAGCCUCAAAAGAGUAGGAGUGAACACAGCUUGCUGGACCACAGAAGCAGCAGCCAGGCUUUGCUGGAUGAUCCCUGGAAUGCAGACUCUAACCAGCUACCCUCCUACAAAGUCUGGUCUAGGACUUCUUCAGACAAACUGAUAAAUGAUUUAAACUCUGAUAGAUCUCACAAUGUGCUUUUGUGCCCUCCCUGCCUUCCCUCACUUUCCAGUUCUCCAUCAGGUAAACAUUUUCAACAAGCGUCCAUAGACAAACACACAAAAAAAAAUCUUACUCCUAUACGGAACAGCUUAGCUCCCAUACCCAACCACUGUGCUCACAAAAUUCAGCUAUCACCUCAGGCUGCUAAGAAGUUUAAGUCCCUGGGGACUGGUGCAGUCAUUCUCCCACCACCUCCAGUCUCCAGAUCCCAGAAAAGGGGACAUUCUCAGAGUCACAUCCUCUAUUCUCUCUUGCCGGGUCUAUCAGGAGAGCCUCUGAGACUAAGACAUGUCCUACCUGCUAUUCCAAGCCAGAAGAAAUCUAAUCCUGCAGAAGAGCUUGAGAAAUCUCUCACCAAACCAGAUGCUGAAAUUAACUCAUCACACUGGCCUAAAUCAGUUGAAGGUAAAAACUGUCAGGAUGGCCGGGCCCAGAGAAUGGUGGUAAAUGGAGUUGCAUCCAGUUGGCAGCCAGUCACAAGUGGUGUCCCAAAGGGCUCAGUAUUUAAGCCAGUCCUAUUUAAUAUCCUUAUCAAUGAUCUGGAUGAGGGAAUCAAGGGCAUCCUCACUAAGUUCACAGAUGACACUAAGUUAGGUGAGAGUGUUGAUCUCCUAGAGGACAGAAAGGCUCUGCAGAAGGAUCAGGACAGCCUGGAUAAAUGGGCUAAGGUCAGUUUUAUGAGGUUCAACAAGACCAAAGGCUGGGUCCUGCACUUGGAUCAUAACAAUCCCAGGGAGUGCUACAGGCUAUGGGAAGAGUGGCUGGAAAGCUGCCUAGUGGAAAAGGACCUGGGAGUAUUAGUUGACAGAGGCUGA